GGUGACUGCUGGCUGCUGGCGGCCAUUGCCUCCCUCACCUUGAAUGAAGAGCUGCUUUACCGCGGGGUCCGCAGGGACCAGAGCUUCCAGGAUAACUACGGGGUGAUCUUUCACUUUCCGUUCUGGCAGUACGGCGAGUGGGUGGAGGUGAUGGUGGACGACAGGCUGCCCACCAAGGAUGGGGAGCUGCUCUUCCUGCACUCUGAGGAAGGCAGUGAGUUCUGGAGCGCGCUGCUGGAGAAGGCCUAUGCCAAGGAAGUGGGUUCUUAUGAGGCUCUUGCUGGAGGGUCCACAGUGGAGGGGUUUGAGGAUUUCACAGGUGGCAGCUCUGAGUUUUAUGAGCUGAAGAAGCCACCAGCCAGUCUGUUUCACAUCAUCUGGAAGGCCCUCCGAGCAGGGUCUCUGCUGGCCUGCUCCAGUGAUGUCUCCAGUGCAGCUGCAGCAGAAGCCAUCACCAGCCUGAAGCUGGUUAAGAGUCACGCAUACUCUGUCACUGGAGUCGAAGAGGUGGAUUUCCGGGGUCAUGCAGAGAAGCUGAUCAGACUCCGGAACCCGUGGGGUGAAGUGGAAUGGAUGGGGGCCUGGAGCGAUGAUGCACCGGAGUGGAAUUACAUAGAUCCCAGGCAGAAAGAAAAGCUGGACAAGAAAGCUGACAAUGGAGAGUUCUGGAUGUCUUUUUCGGACUUCUUGAGGCAGUUCUCUGGGCUAGAGAUCUGCCACCUGUCCCUGGACUCCCUGAGCAGCGAAGAGGUACACAAGUGGAACCUGAUUCUGUUCAACGGGUGCCGGAUACGGGGCUCCACUGCCGGCGGCUGCCAGAACUACCCAGCCACUUACUGGACCAAUCCCCAGUUCAAAAUCUGUUUGGACGAGGUGGACGACCACCAGGAGGAGAGCACCGGUGAACCCUGCUGCACGGUGCUGCUGGGGCUGAUGCAGAAGAAUCGCAGGCGACAGAAGAGGAUGGGACAGGGCAUGCUCAGCAUCAGCUAUGCUGUCAACAAGCAGUAUGAGGACAUCACAGACCACACGGAUGAGCACCUGGGCCGGGACUUCUUCCUGAGCCGCCAGCCCUCCGCCCGCUCCAGCACCUACGUCAACCUGCGCGAGGUCUCGGCACGUGUGCAGCUGCCCCCCGGGGAGUGCGCGGUGGUGCCGUCCACCUUCGGGCCCUUCAAGGACGGCGACUUCUGCCUGAGGGUGUUCUCGGAGAAGAAGGCCAAGGCCCUGGGCGUGUCCUUUCCCUCCGGGGUGGCGGGGGUGACAGAGGGACCUGGCUCCCCGCAGCCGCACCCCAGUGAGGUGCAUCAAGAAGACGGCCAGCUCAGGAGCCUGUUUGAGAAGCUUGCAGGGAAGGGGCACCAGCGGAGCUUGGGCUGCGGAAUUCAAGUUGGCCCAGGCGCCGGCACCGCUCAGGGGCCCAUGGAGCCAGGGGAAGAUGCUGAGAAAGAGCCCAGGGAAGAGGAGAGGAUUUGCAGGGUCUUUGGCUCCUUCCUGCCUUGGCGCUCAGGUGAGGGCGAGGCUGACUUCUUGCUUCUCACUCCAAGCCUCACGCUGCGCAGCCUCUCAGAUGCCCAGCAUCUUUUCAGCUUUCGAUGCUCCAGUUUCCCGCAGGCCCUGAUCCUGUCAUUGCUUCCUCUGUGGUUCCAGGACACGGCCAAACCCCACCCCCCAGCCCACGCUUCUCUGCUCUUCUUCCACGGGGGAUCCCAGCCUCCGGUCGACACCUCCCUUCAUACAUGA